CCCCGGUCCCGGCUUGCCCCGCGACCCGAGCCAGGGCGGGGCGCAAAGCGAGACCCGGGGUCCGGGGCACCAUGGAGCUCCGGGCGGUGGCCGACGCCGUGGAGGCGGGGGAGGAGGACGUGGCUCUGGAGGUUCUGCAUACGUACAACCGGGAGAAUUGCGAGAGCUUCACGUUCGAGGACGCCCAGCAGGAGGACCGGAAGAGACUGGCCACGCUGCUGGCCGCCCGCCUGGAGCAGGGCCUGGCCCCCGGCCGCCGCACCGUCUGGCUGCAGAGCGUGCGCAUCCUGUCCCGGGACCGCGGCUGCCUGGACGCGCUGUGCCGCCCCGGGUGCCUGCGCGCACUGGCGGGCUACGCGGGGCUGGCGGCCCCGGAGGCCGAGGGGAAGACGGACGCGGACGCGGAGGCGGACGCGGAGGCGGACGCGCUGCUCGAGGCGCUCAAGGGCCUGUGCAACCUGGUGCUGAGCAGCCCGGGCGCGCAGGCGCUGGCGGCCGAGGAGGGGCUGGCGGCGCGGCUGGCGGCGCGGGUGGCGCGGGCGGGGCGCGGGCUCCCGCACGACGUGCGCUUCUUCGACCUGCGGCUGCUCUUCCUGCUGACGGCGCUGCGGCGGGACGCGCGGCUGCAGCUGCGGGACCUGCGGGGCGUAGCGCUGCUCACCGCCGCCCUGGAGCGCACCGUGGGCCCCGGCCUGGGCCGCCUGCCCCCGCGCGAGGCCGAGCGCGCCAUGGAGAUCCUCAAGGUGCUCUUCAACAUCACCUUCGAGCCGCUGCAGAGAGAGAUGGACGAGGAAGACGCUGCCCUUUUCCGGCGCCUGGGGACCGUCUUGAGACACUGUGUGAUGGUCACUGCCGCCGGAGAUCGCACAGAGGAGUUCCAUGGGCACGCGGUGAACCUGCUGGGGAACCUGCCCCCCGCCUGCCUGGACGUGCUCCUGGCCCUGGAGCCUCGCCCGGGCUCUCUGGAGUUCCUGGGUGUCAACAUGGAUGUGAUCGGCACCCUGCUUAUCUUCCUGGAGAAUCGGCUGCUGCAGACGCACAGACUAAAGGAGAGGGUGGCACCCGUGCUGAGUGUGCUGACGGAGUGUGCCCGCCUACACCGUCCUGCCAGGAAGUUCCUCAAGGCUCAGGUGCUGCCCCCGCUGCGGGAUGUGUGGGUCCGGCCUGAGGUGGGUGACCUUCUGAGGAACAAACUGGUGCGCCUCAUGACGCACCUGGACACGGACCUCAAGAGGGUAGCGGCAGAGUUCCUGUUCGUCCUGUGCUCUGAGAGCGUGCCCCGCUUCAUCAAGUACACGGGCUACGGAAAUGCCGCAGGACUCCUAGCCGCCAGGGGCCUCAUGGCAGGGGGCCGGCCAGAGGGCCAGUACUCAGAGGACGAGGACACAGACACGGACGAGUACAAGGAGGCCAAGGCCAGUAUCAACCCCGUGACGGGCCGGGUGGAGGAGAAGCCGCCCAACCCUACAGAGGGCAUGACGGAGGAGCAGAAGGAGCACGAGGCCAUGAAGCUAGUGAACAUGUUUGACAAGCUGUCCAGACACAGAGUCAUCCAGCCCAUGGGGGUGAGCCCACGUGGGCACCUCACGUCCCUGCACGAUGCCAUGUGUGAGACCAUGGAGGGCCAGCUCGACUCGGACCCCAGCUCAGACCCCGACUGAGUGCAUGGGACCCUCAGCUGGUGCUGCUUCACAGUGGCAGAGACCAGGACACCCCCGCUCCGCCCAUAGCUCUCCCUCCCUGACUGCCUGCCGCCCAGCUGUCUCUGACCUGGGAAGGUCCUCCCUGCUGUGACUGACAUGCAGGUGCCUUCUGGGGACCCAGUGGCACCUGAGACUGGGCGCUUGGUUGCAGCUUGGUGCGCCAGGCACAGCUGUGACAAGUGCCUGAACGUCAGCUCUGCAGGGACACCAAAUGCCGCGGCUGCCUGAGCCGGCUGGGACCACGCGUGUCUGCUCAGGCCUGGCUUCUCCCUGGCCGUCACGGCCACAGUGCUGGAGCUCUCACUGUUGUGACGUCGCCUGGCCUUCCCACCACCCUCAACGAUAAACACAAAGGAAACUGUCCCUCGCAGAACCACACACCUGUGCGCCAGCGCAUCACAGACACCACCUUGGAAUAAAUAGUUCUGAGCAAGCA